AUGUUUGUCCUCCGCAAAACCCUAAAACCAUCGUCUGUCUUCACCACAAUCCACCGAUUCAUAGCCACCGUUAAUCUCCCUGAACCACCGAGCUCCGCUGCGUACGACGACCUAAUCGCCAGUGCCGGUCACAAACGAGACUUCGCCACCGUUCACAACCUCCUUAAUCAACGUUAUGCGAAAGGUUUCCUCACCACCAACAACACAUUCAAGUUCAUUUCAACGGACAUCUCUGUUCUCGAUGAGCUCUUAAAAACCUUAUCAGCUCUCAACGAAGGACACUGCCGCAAGAGCGCGUAUGAUUCGCUCAUCUCAUGGCUCUGCAAGGUGAAGCUCACCGAAGCUGCUCUGCGAGUGGCGGACGCGGCGAUCCAUGGAAAAUACGGCGCCGAUGCUUCCAGUUUUCACCCAAUCCUCAGCCUCCUCACACGGAAGAAGAAUUUCGACGAAGCGUGGCGCGUGAUCGAGUUCAUGAGAGCGAAUGGCAUUUCUCGUGAUAUUACAUCUUACAACUUUUUUCUAACAUCAUACUCAAUCACCGGAAAUCUGAAAUCUUGCGCCGAUGUUCUGAAAAAAAUGGGAGGGGAAGGACUGAAGGCGGACGGUAGGACGUACGAUGCGCUGGUGCUCGGCGCGUGUAAGGCGGGGAAGAUGGAUGGGGCGAUGGCUAUUCUGAGGAGGAUGUUGGAUGAUGGAAUUGAGGCUAUGUACGCCACCUAUGCGCAUGUUAUCGGAAACCUGGUGAAGUUAGGCUAUUGUGCGCAGGCGGUGGAGUUUGUAAUGAGUUACGCAGCUUCUCAUCAUCCCUCAAUCGAUCAAGCAAGAAAUCAACAACGAACGAUCCAAAAACUUGUGAUUGUGGGUUCCUUGCACGUAUUCUAA